AUGGUAUUAACACACCAGGCAAGAUCACACGCUUCGCCCGACGAUGGCUUCCCUACUGUACAGCUUUUUCUGCUAGCGAUAUGCCGUGUGGCCGAGCCAAUUGCCUUGACAUCCAUCUUCCCCUACUCAUGGGUGAUGGUCAAGGACUUCCACAUCGGCAGUGAGAAUGAUUCCUCGUUUUACGCUGGAAUUCUGAUUUCCGCCUUUUCUCUGGCAGAGGCCCUCACCGGCAUGUUCUGGGGGAGUCUCGCAGACCGACUGGGCCGAAAGCCCAUUCUACUCUCUGGUUGCUGUGGAACAAUGCUCUCUCUGUUCAUCGUCGGAUUGGCUCCAAACUUUUGGGUGGCUUUAGCGGGCCGCGCGCUUGGUGGAGCGCUUAAUGGGAAUAUUGGCGUCAUUCAGACCAUGGUGGGGGAGUUGGUUAAACGACCUGAGCAUGAACCCCGUGCCUACGCUGUCAUGCCUUUCGUAUGGUCUAUUGGAACUAUUAUCGGACCAGCAAUCGGAGGUUUACUUGCAAGACCUGCGGACGGGUAUCCAUCUCUUUUCCCUCGGGAUGGUCUUUUUGGACGUUUUCCCUAUUUGCUACCCAACUUGGUCUGCUCCUUUCUACUUCUCUUGAGUAUCCUUGGCAGCUGGCUGUUCCUACAAGAGACUCAUCCAGAUAUGCAACCUGAUCGUGAUGAGUUCUUCAUGCCUACAUCUACCAACCAGCCGCUUCUGGCGACAUCAGGAACAACCGCCAAUGGCGAGGUUGAUCUUCGAGCUGAUUCAUACGGCACAUUCAAUCAUGUCAGCUCAUACGAAGAGAAGUGGGCGGGGGAGGGCGAUGAAACUUUAGCUUUCUGGGAAAAACCAGUCAAACCAAAGGUAUUCACUUGGCAUGUCACUAUGCUUAUCAUCGCUCUGGCCAUCUUCACUUAUCACUCGAUGACCUACGACCAUUUGCUGCCCAUCUUUCUUCAAGACGAUAACAAGAGAUCUGCCUCACCAUCCUCUCUCUUCGAUAUUCCGGGGACCGUCGGUAUGAUAAUGUCUACGGAUGGCAUCAUUGCACUCGUGAUUCAAACGGUGAUUUUCCCGGCACUGGCCCAUUGGCUUGGAGUAUGGCGACUCUUCGUUGUAGUGACGAUACUACACCCUAUCUCAUACUUCAUGGUUCCGUUCUUGGCAUUCCUGCCCCAGAAUCUUAUCUUCUUCGGUAUAUAUGCCUGUAUGGUUGUCCGCAACAUUCUGUCUAUCGUUGCUUUCCCCGUGCUGUUGAUUCUCAUCAAGCAAGCCUGUCCAUCGGACUCCGUGAUGGGUAAAAUCAAUGGUCUUGCCGCCUCUGCGGGAGCAGCUUCGCGCACUGUUGCAUCUCCUAUUGCUGGCUUGCUGUACGGGGCUGGUACAGACAUUGGUUGCACUGCCGUGGCCUGGUGGGGGAGCAGUCUUGUUGCCCUCUUGGGAGUGUUACAGCUCUGGUUCAUGCAGCAGAAAAGACAUUCGCUGGAGAUCGUCGAAUCUGCUACCUGUUACCGCCCUCCAGCUUCCGAACAGCCACUCAAUGAAAUUAUCAACAUCAUCGUGACCGACACGGAUGGUAAUGUCAUUCCGGAACCUUUGCCCAACGCGCCAUUGCUGGGAGUGAGGACCUAA